AUGGGGAAGGCAGACGAUGUCGCGGAGGAGGAAAGCGCCGAUCUCGCGUGGCGUGUGGAGCUUCUGCGUGCACUGACAUCGGGUGACUUGCCAAACGUUGAGCGACUGGUGCUGGCCCACAUCGACAUGAUCUCAGCUCCAUUUACUGCUGCAAUGCCGCCGUGGACACUUCAGUGGGAAGGAAUGCACUGGUGGAUGCUGCAAAACGCAACACCUCUGUUCAUAGCAAGCGCGUAUUCACGACCAGACAUCGUCCGCUGGCUGCUCGUCAAUGGUGCGGAUCGAUCGACUCCUUGCUACCUCAAACAAACUCCCGUCCACGUCGUUGGGGAGUGCUGUGCACACGCAGCACUACCGGACAGGACUCGAAGCACCGAAAAAAUUGUCGCGGACAGUGCGAAAUGCGUGAGGCUACUGGAAGAACCUCCAUCCCUCCCGUUGCCGCCCACGAGCGACGUCACCUUUUCAAGUAGCUAUUCGUCCGAGGUGGUUAUCACGCACACCGGGUCGUUCAAGACGAGCUCGAUCCAGCAAACCGUGUACAAGUGUCUGCUGCGCGUUUCGUGGACGACCCCUUUAUCUAACGGAGCCAUCAUUGAUAAGUUCGAGCUGCGGUAUCGCCGACUAAGGGUGGCGCACAACCGCAAGUCGCGCCAGCAGAGCGCGUUGGUCGAAGGUCUGCAGUUCAACACAAUCUAUGAAUUUAUGUUCCGGUCCUGGAACGCCGCGGGCAAAGGCGCCUGGGGCCCCAGCUUCCAAACAAGAACGUCGGUGAUACCGACCCGCUCGGUGGAAGGCCAGUAA